CACAAGCUGAGAGCACAGUCUGAGGAGAAGAGAGAAGACAGAUCACGAAGAUACUGUUUUUAAUGUACUUCUGGAGUUAUUGACUUUCUUAGUUUUUGUCCCUUUGGAUUUUACAUGAUCUUUUUGGAUUGAUUUAUUUGUUUUCUGCAUUAAUCUUCUCUUCCGUGGUCUUCUGCAAAAUGUCGGACAGAACAAUGGCGCGGCAAGUACUGCUGUUUAUUUGGUUUCUCUCUUUCAGUUCAGCUCUCGGGCAGGUCAGUUACUCCAUUCCUGAGGAAAUGGCGAAAGGCUCUUUAGUCGGGAACAUAGCGCAGGAUUUGGGUUUAGAUUUAAAGAGACUGAAAUCGGGUAAAGCGCGUAUUUAUACAGGAGACAGCGCUGAAUACAUCGAGCUGAAUAAAGACAGAGGAGUCCUCCUUAUCAAAGAGAGAAUAGACCGAGAGACGCUAUGCGGACAGACAACGCCUUGCGCCCUACAUUUUCAAAUAAUUUUAGAAAAUCCAAUUGAAUUUUACCACGUUGCAGUUGAGAUAACUGAUAUAAAUGACAAUGCCCCUUAUUUUAAAAAAACUGAAACCUAUUUUGAAAUAAGCGAAUCUGCUUUAAAUGGAGCGAAAUUUGAUAUUGAGCAAGCCGUGGAUCAUGAUGUUGGGUCGAAUAACAUCCAAAGCUACACACUUUCAUCAAAUGAACAUUUUACUUUAAAACUGCAAAGUCAGACAGAUGGUAGGAAAAUAGUUGAAAUGGUCUUAAAACAUCCUCUUGAUCGAGAGAAACAGCAAGAUAUUGCAUUAGUGUUGACAGCCGUCGAUGGAGGUGAUCCACAGCUUUCUGGAACAUCACAAAUUCGUAUUAAAGUGCUUGAUGCUAAUGACAAUGCGCCAGUUUUUACCCAUUCUGUGUACAAAGCCACUGUUGUUGAGAAUUCGCCAAAAGCGACCGUUGUUAUUACAGUUGAAGCCUCUGAUGCAGAUCAGAGCUCAAAUGCUGAAAUUGUCUAUUCAAUUACUAAUGCUCACGACGACGUUCUUGAAAUGUUUGAAAUAAAUAAACAUAAUGGUGAACUAAAAAUAAUUGGUAAUAUAGACUACGAAAAAGGUAAGCAUUAUCAGAUUAAUGUUAAAGCGAGUGAUAGUGGCGGUCUAAAAGAUUCAAGUAAGAUAGUAAUCGACGUUUUAGAUGUCAAUGAUAAUAAGCCAGUCAUCAAUAUAAUGUCAAAGUCAGCUAUGUUAUCAGAAAAUUCUAAACCUGGUACUGUUGUAACUGUUAUAAAUACGCAAGACUUAGAUUCCAAUGAAAAUGGUAAAGUACAAUGCUUUAUUAAUGAGAAUUAUCCGUUCGCCUUAAAGACGACCACUACGAAUUUCUUCAGUUUAGUCACAGAUGGUGAUUUAGACCGAGAGCGGGAGUCUGAGUAUAACAUCAGUGUGACGUGCGCUGAUGAGGGCGUGCCCUCUCUCUCCAGCAGCGUCACUCUCUCCUUACAGAUAUCAGAUGUGAAUGAUAACGCACCUGUCUUUGACAAGAGCUCAUAUGAGGCCUCUGUUCAAGAAAACAACACACCGGGUCUUUCCAUAUUCACAGUCAGAGCCAGAGACGCAGAUUUUAACCAGAAUGCCCGUGUGUCUUACAUACUGGAGGACUCCUCGGUUAACGGAGUGCCCGUCUCCUCCUUAGUGUCUGUUAGUGCUGAUAGUGGAGUCAUACAUGCAGUGCGAUCUUUCGAUUAUGAACAGAUCAAAGAUUUCCAGUUCCGCGUAAAAGCGCAAGAUGGAGGCUCUCCUCCUCUCAGCAGCAACGUGAGCGUGAAAAUAACGAUUCAGGACCAGAAUGACAACUCGCCUCAAGUUCUGUAUCCGGUCCAGUCCGGUGCUUCUCUGGUGGCUGAAAUAGUGCCUCGUUCGGCAGAUGUGGGUUAUCUGGUGACUAAAGUGGUGGCUGUUGAUGUGGACUCUGGACAGAAUGCCUGGCUCUCAUAUAAACUGCAGAAAGCCACAGACAGGGCGCUGUUUGAAGUGGGCUUACAGAAUGGAGAAAUAAGAACUGUUCGCCAAGUGACAGAUAAAGAUGCUGUCAAACAAAGACUCACUGUUGUAGUGGAGGACAACGGGCAGCCCUCUCGAUCAGCUACAGUCAAUGUUAACGUGGCGGUGGCGGACAGCUUCCCUGAAGUGCUCUCGGAGUUCACUGAUUUUACGCACGACAAGGACUACAACGACAACCUGACUUUCUAUCUGGUCUUGGCCUUGGCUGUAGUUUCAUUUCUCUUUAUCGUGUCUAUCAUUGCCAUACUGUCAGUCAAAUGCUACAGAUGGAGACGCGAGCGGAUGUUUUACAAAUCUGGAGCGAAUCUUCCAGUUAUUCCUUAUUAUCCGCCUCUUUACGCAGACGUAGGGGGCACAGGAACUUUACAGCACGUGUACAAUUAUGAGGUUUGCAGAACCACUGACUCCAGAAAGAGUGAUCUGAAAUACGGCAGACCUUGCAGUGAGAGCAUCAUUAGUCUAGACACCAGUGGAACACGGACACUAACGCAUGCGCAAAGGGAGACACUGAACUUUGAAGAUUCUGAUAAGGUGAGGAUUACUGGUUUUGUUUAGUGGUGGUUACUGUAUUCCUUCCUUUUAUUUUUCCCCCUCUUAUCCUUCAGAAAAAUCGCCUAAACAUGCAUACUGUAGAUACGUGUCUUUUUCAGGAAUUUC